GCUCCCAGGCACAGAAGAAAUAGGAGACUGAGCGGCUGCCCUGGGCAGGAACUUGCCAGAGGUCUUUGGUUGGCAUCGCCCCUUCUUGCUCGCCAGCCCGCGACAGAGCCGACCCUGGAGAGGAUGAGGGCGUCCUGUGUGCUGCUCACCGCCCUGGUGGCGCUGGCCGCCUACUACGUCUACAUCCCCCUGCCCAACUCCGUGGCUGAUCCCUGGAAGCUGAUGCUGCUGGACGCCACUUUCCGGGGUGCACAGCAAGUGAGUAACCUGAUACACUACGUGGGCCUGAGCCAUCAUCUGCUGGCCCUGAAUUUUAUCAUCGUUUCUUUUGGCAAGAAAAGUGCAUGGUCAUCUGCUCAGGUGAAGGUGACUGACACUGACUUUGACGGGGUGGAAGUCAGAGUGUUUGAAGGCUCUCCAAAGCCAGAAGAGCCGCUGAGACGCAGCGUUCUUUACAUACACGGAGGAGGCUGGGCCUUGGCAAGUGCAAAAAUCAGCUAUUAUGAUGAACUAUGUACAGCAAUGGCCAAGGAAUUGAACGCUGUCAUUGUCUCCAUUGAAUACAGGCUCGUUCCAAAGGUUUAUUUUCCCGAACAAAUUCACGAUGUUGUACGUGCCACGAAGCAUUUUCUGCAACCGGAAGUCUUACAGAAGUAUUCAGUUGACCCAGGCAGAAUUGGCAUUUCUGGUGACAGUGCUGGUGGGAAUUUGGCCGCUGCCCUGGGGCAAGAGUUCAGUCAAGAUGCCAAUCUAAGAAGCAAGUUCAAACUGCAAGCUUUAAUUUAUCCAGUUCUUCAAGCUUUAGAUUUUAACACACCCUCUUAUCAGCAGAAUGCGAACACCCCAAUCCUGCCCCGCUAUGUCAUGGUGAAGUAUUGGGUGGAUUACUUCAAAGGCAACUAUGACUUUGUCCAGGCAAUGAUAGUUAACAACCACACCUCGCUUGAUGUGGAAGAGGCUGCUGCCCUCCGGGCCCGUCUAAACUGGACAUCCCUCUUGCCUGCAUCCAUCACAAAGAACUACAAGCCUGUCAUGCACACCACGGGCAAUGCUAGGAUUGUCCAGGAGAUCCCUCAGUUGCUUGAUGCCCGUUCUGCCCCACUCAUUGCAGACCAAGAAGUCCUCCAGCACCUCCCAAAGACCUAUAUUCUCACAUGUGAGUAUGAUGUCCUAAGAGACGAUGGGAUCAUGUAUGCAAAGCGUUUGGAGAAUGCAGGUGUGGAGGUGACCCUCGACCACUUUGAGGAUGGCUUCCAUGGAUGCCUGAUUUUCACCAGCUGGCCCACCAACUUCUCAGUGGGAAUCCGGACUAGGAAUAGUUACAUCAAGUGGCUGGAUCAAAACCUGUAAAGGAGCACAACUUCUAGAAGGCUUGAGCCCCUCUUGACCUCUGGCACCUGCUUUGGAAGGACAUGCACUUUUUAGUUGACUGUUUUCUCUAUUACUUGUGACUUAUGGAAGUUCUAUUCCCUGCAGACUUUAUGAUAGUUGCGUUUUGUUUUGUUUAAUGAACUUUAACUUAAGUGCAAAACAUCUGAACCUGGUUCCCAAAGUGGGCCAGUCUGUCUGCUAUGGUUGUUUUAGCCAAACAUCUAUUAAUACCCACAGCUGCAGAAAGCAGGACCAGGAGCUGGAAAUAGCUUUGGGUCCUGGCUUUGUUAGAUGCUUUUUUUCUGAAGAAAGUCUUCUAUCACUUCUCGGCCUUUUGGCUAAGCUCAAGUACAGAAGAAAUUCUUCCAGCUGUGAAUGAUAUAGUGAACUUUAAUGAGUUAGGAAAAUGUGGUCUCUUUUCAACUUGCUAGAAUUUACUUUGGGUUCAGAGCAGUGUUAAUGUGUGCACUUUAAGGGCAGUGUGGGUCAGAGUGCCCUUCAUUCUUUAUGGAUGGAUGGUUUCGCUUCCUACAAGAGUAUCAGCAAAGGCAGGGAGAAGUUUCUCAGAGGACUUUAUUCCUCUAGAGUGUUCAUUUUAUGAGAUAGCUAUCCGUAAGUUGGAUUAUGAUAAUACUUGAAAGCUACUUUCCACCAUUCUUGUUAGAAAAUAUGAGGUUGCAUGCACUGGAUACCUGCACAUAAUUAAUUUUUUGUUGCUUUUUGUGAGCUGUCUCCUUCGGGAGAUCUUUUGGGAACAAAUUUAUUUAGACUAACAAUAAUUUCUUUUUUUAAUUUUAGAACAAGUAAAAACAGGCAAAUGAAACACCUUAUUGUGUCGUAAUGAAUACUUCUGACAUAAAUUACCAAGAGCAGUGUGUAUAUAUUUGGCAUAGUUAGAAAAGAAGAUGAAUUUAAUAUAGUUUAAAAUUAUGAAAAAUACCUUUAGAAGGUCUAGUCUAUUCUUGAAAACUCAACUUUUUCACUUAUAUAGCUUUAAAAUGGGGCUAUUUUGGAAUAUAUAAUGUAUUGUUUAUUUUUUAAAGUUAUUUAAUGUUAAUAUAUGCAGCUAGACUUAGGAUUUUUCAGAAUAAUGACGGCAAUGAAUAUUUAAAAAAAUGGUAUUUUUGAAAAACUACCUUAAGGUUUGAAAAACUACCUUAAGGUUUAAAAAACUACCUUAGAGUAAUAACAUAUGUAAUUUUAUGGAAAGAGAUAAAAUAGUUAUUAGUACUAUUAAACAUGAAGCCUAAAUAUUUUGAUGUGUAUAUGCAUAUAUAAAUUAAAGUAAUUAGUAAACUAUGAGUACAUCUGGUAAAGUCAUCUAAGUUUAUAGUUCACUAGCUUAGGUAAGACCCAGUCUGCUCAUCUCUGUUCUCUAUGGUCAGGGUGAUACUAGGUCAUUCCCUUUUGGGUAAAGGGCAUGCAUACAUUGGCACCUGGUGCCUACACCCCUCAUUUCUUCUUCCAGACAGAUCUAGAUGUUCCAACAGCCCAAGUUUAACUUCAUGUGAAGCCUUCACUGCCAGUGGGAAUAUCUCUGGCAUAACAAGAAACUCCAAUUCAGAUUUGGUAGCUGUGCCUCUGCCCUUCCUCCUGCCCCCUUACUUCUGUCCCCAGCCCAUGUACCUUUUAGGGACUGCACAGAGCUGCGCUAUAGCCAGUAACAAUGUAUUGGUGGAGAGAAAGUGGAACCUUUUCCCUCCUUUGAAGGGAAGGUAUUUCCCCCUUUUGGCAGUGGAAUAACAAAAGAAAAUUUGCAUACUUCUUUUUCAUUUAUUGUAUGAGCUGAUAGCAUUUAAUAUGCAAAACAGAAGUAAACGCAAUGGUGUGUAUAUGUGUGUGUGCCUGUGUGUGUAUAAAAAUAAUCAUACGAGCUAACUUGCUAAGGCACUCGGGUAAUUCACUUACAUGUUUGGGCCUUAUCUUCCUUUACUCUAAAAUCAGAGAGUUGGAUUACUUGAUCUAUGAAGUCUCAUCCAACUAUAAAUUCCAACCAUUUUGUCAGAUGGGCAAAUUGUAUUGGUCUCUUCCUCUAUGGUAGUUUUUUGAAGGUUGUUAUUCCAUAGACACAGAUACUUGAAUCAGCAAAGAUUUUUCUUUCGAGAAAACUGGAAUUUUAAUUCUUACUCUGUGAUAGCUAUCUUCUUCAUAGAAUACUAUUCUUUUUGACAUAAUUUGAAGGAACCAAAGUUUGGACCUUAUUUUAGGGUCCUCUACCUCUAAGAAAGCAGAGAAAAUAGUACAUGCACAAAAUUCCUUAAAAUGACAUUUUCCCCCCAGAAUUGUGAGCCAUAUCCUAUAGUCAUUAUAUUACAAAUCUCUAAAGGGCUCUCUUGAAUGAAAAGGGAGUGAAGAGAAAAAAGGGUCAACCACUGUUUCUGAUGAAAUACUUGAGUUUCACUGGAGAUUUUAACUAUGUGAUUAAUUUGGGAGAUGUUAAUUGUGACUAAUUUGUCUAAUAACUUACACUGUAUCCCACCUCAGACCUUGCUAAAAUAAAAGUCUGCUUGGGGUAAUGACAACUGGAAAUCAUGAUGCAUGAAAAUCACUGGAUAUAAGUGAGCCUAUAGCCACAACAAUGGACUCAAACAUACCAAUGAUCAAGAAGAUAACACAGGACUGGGCAGCAUUUCAUUGUUAUACGUAAGAUCAUCAUGAGUCGGAGCCAACUCAACAGCACCUAACAACAACCCAACCAAAAAGUCAAGUGCUAAGAACCCUUAGGAGAAGCCUACAGAGUUUAUGUUAAAGGUAGUUUGGUUUGGGGUGAAUUAUUGUUCUUUGAGUUUUUGUUUUUUUUUUUUAGUGUUAUGGCUUUGUUUUGUUUUCCUAUUUUAUGAAAAAGCUAAUAAUCUUUGUUGUAAUCAUUGUUGUCUGUGAAAUAUGAAUGCAAAUAUAUGAAGAAAAAAACCUUGACAUUAAGUGCUACAAAAUAUAGUGAAGAGUAAAUUAGUUUUAAUGUUUUAGCAUUUAUUUGUGAAGAAUUUAAGACUAUUGCAUAAUUAUCUUCAUGGAUGUAAUAUUUUAUGCAUGACCUUUUAACUUUGGACUUUUGGCUUAUUUCCCACUACAAAUGGGGAGACAGAUUUUAUGAAGGGUUUUAGUAGCAAAUAUAUUUUAUAAAAUGAAAAUCCAGAAUGGAAAAUCCAGCAUUUAUCUGUUUUGAAUCAUGUUUGGAAAUAAAAUGGCUCCAUCUGAGAAUGUGACUCUUUCGCUUCCCCUAGUCUGAUUUUCUGUUUCACAUCUAAGACAGUGCUCUUUCUCUUUCUCUCUGCAUCCCAGAGCUGUAUCACAAUCCUGCCCAAAUCUUCUGCCCACUGGAGUACCCCAGCUGCCUUUCACCAUCAAGAGGGGGGGUCAGUGGCCUCCCUGAUGACAUUAAUUUGAUGUCUGGAAACAGUAUGUACUGCCUGUAUUGGGGAAACCAGCCUUGGACUAGCUAAAAUAUUCAUAAAAGCCAGGCAGACCCUGAGACUAGCACCUUCAAAACAAGCCAAGUAACUACACAUUUUAAGAAGGGAUAUCUGCACUUUGUGAAGAUCACCAAAAAACCAAGAGACAAGGACCUUCCCCCAGA